AUGAAUACUUUUGGGUGGCGUAAUGCUUUUUCAGUCAGUUGUAAAUUUGUUACAAGAAGAAACGGUAAAGGCGUAAGUCGGUCAGGUGGAGUGAGUCUUCUGUGGCAGGAGGGUGUGGCUGUGACUUUGAAGUCGUAUAGUGAAUGUCACAUAGAUGUUACUAUCAAAGACGAGGAGUCGGGGCAACCAUGGAGGUUCACAGGGAUUUAUGGGCAACCCAAAGUUGAGAAUCGGCACUUGACUUGGUCAUUACUAAAAAAACUAGGUCAAACUGAUAAUCAACUUUGGGUGGUCGGUGGUGAUUUCAACGAAAUCACGUCUUUUUUAGAAAAAGAUGGUGGUCUUAUGAGAGGGGAGAGACAAAUGGAGGGCUUUAGGGAGGAGGAAAUAAAAGAAACUAGAGACCAACUCGGUGUGUUCUUUGACAAGACGUUAUCAGCACCUUCAGAUGAGGUACGGACGCAGCUGGAAACAAAACUCCACGAGUUAUUACAAAAGGAACAGGUUUUUUGGCAACAGCGAUCUAGGGUGUUGUGGUUGGCUGAAGGGGAUUUAAAUACCAAGUAUUUCCAUCAAAAAGCUAGUAACAGGAAGAAGAAGAACACGCUGCAUGGCUUGUUCAAUGGGGAGGGGGUUUGGUGCAGUGAAGAGUCGGACAUGCAGCGUAUUAUAAUUGAUUAUUACACCAAGCUUUUCACUUCAACUAGCCCAUGUAUUGAGCAACAUGAUUUGAGCUGUAUUCCGAGGGUCAUCACGGAUGAGGUGAACAGACAGCUAUCUGGUGAGUUUCAGGCUUCAGAAAUCUUUCGUGCCCUAAAACAAAUGCACCCAUCCAAGGCUCCUGGGCCGGAUGGGUUUUCACCAGUUUUCUAUCAGCAGUUUUGGGAUGUAGUUGGGAGUGACGUGGUUGAGGCUGUGAAAUGUUUUCUGAGCUCAGACGAUCGUAUGAAGGAGGUCAAUGGUACGUGGGUUACUCUCAUUCUGAAAGUUAAAACACCAGAGUUUGUGCAUCAAUUGAGGCCUAUCAGCCUAUGUAAUGUGAUAUACAAGAUUGGCUCCAAGGUAUUGGCAAAUAGGCUGAAACCUCUGCUUGAUGGCAUUAUCUCUCCUUAUCAAAGUGCGUUUGUACCGGGGAGAUUAAUUUCUGGUAAUUCACUACUGGCUUUUGAGAUUUCACAUUGCCUUAAAAGAAGAAGAAGAGGGCAUGUGGGUUAUUGUGCUUUGAAGCUGGAUAUGAGCAAGGCCUACGAUAGAGUCGAAUGGGCAUUCCUUGAAGCUAUGUUGGUGCAGUUAGGGUUAUGUGGGGAAUGGAUAACAUGGAUCAUGAGAUGCGUUAAGACGGUGACGUACUCUUUCAUGGUGAAUGGUGAGGUAGUUGGGAACCUAGUGCCUUCAAGGGGCCUCAGGCAGGGGGACGCCAUCUCCCCUUACCUAUUCCUGCUGUGCGCUGAGUUUCUAUCGCGGCUCCUGGUUUUGGCUGAGCAGAACAAUGAUAUACAAGGUGUGAAAGUGUGUAAGAGGGUACCUCCAAUUAGCCACCUUUUUUUCGCAGAUGACUCAUUCAUCUUAUUCAAAUCAGGUUAUAAUGAGUGUGUGUUCCUGCGUGAUAUGUUCCUUUUUUAUGAAAGGUUGACGGGGCAGCAGAUAAACUUUGAAAAAAGUUGUGUAUCAUUUAGUCGUAAUGUACCUAGAAGCUUGCAAGACGGGCUGGCAGAAGUUUUGGGAGUGCAGAGAGUUGAAAAACAUGAUAAAUAUCUUGGCUUACCCACUGAGCUGAGUUACUCGAAGGAGGAUGCUUUCAAGUUUUUAACUGAGAGAGUGAGGAAACGCACACAAGGAUGGCGAGAUAAAACCCUGAGCGGUUCCGGUAAGGAAGUGCUCAUAAAAUCUGUGAUUCAGUCUAUCUCGACAUAUGUAAUGAGUUGUUUUGAGUUACCAAAACAUUUGUGUGAUGAGAUGCAUAGACUGAUGGCUCGCUUUUGGUGGGGUGAUCAAGGUGAGGAGAGGAAAAUACACUGGGUGUCAUGGGAAAAGUUGUGCAUCCCUAAGGCAGAAGGCGGACUAGGGUUCAGAGAUAUGAAGUUAUUCAAUAAAGCUCUACUGGCUAAGCAGGGUUGGAGACUAGUAAGAAAGCCAGAUUCUCUAAUUGCACGGGUACUCAAAGCCAAGUACUUUCCUGAUACAGGUUUCAUGCGAGCUGGAUUGAAGAAGGGGUCUUCAUUUACGUGGAGAAGUAUCUUCAAAGGUAGAGAGCUGUUGUGCAAGGGUUUAAGAGUUCAGGUUGGGAAUGGAGAGGACACAUUGGUAUGGAAUGAUCCUUGGAUUCCUAUGCCAUAUCAUUUCAAACCAUUCACACCACCAAUGGAAGGCACUGAGGAAAUGAGAGUAGCAGAACUUAUAGAUGAAGAAAGUGGGGAGUGGGAGAUUUGGUUGCUGAAUGAGUUGUUUACGGAGACUGAGGUUAAUUAUAUUGCUCAAAUUCCAUUAAGUUUGAAUGGGGGAGCAGAUCGGUGGAUAUGGCAUUUUGACAGGAAGGGAAUUUACACUGUGAAAAAUGGUUAUCAUGUUGCCAGAAUAACGGAGCAAAUGGAUAUGAGAGCGUCUUCUUCUGGGAUGAAUACAAGAAGCGAAACUAUGUGGAAAAAACUGUGGAAAGUGAACGUACCUCCAAAGGUACGCAUGCAUGCAUGGAGGUUAGUUAAGGGGAUACUACCAACCAAAGGUGCCCUAGCAAAAAAAGGGGUACUAUUGGAUAUGAGGUGUCCUUUAUGUUUCGUGGAGUGGGAAGAUGGCAUGCAUGUGUUCAAAAAUUGUAGUGUGGUGAACAUUUUCUGGAAGUGCGGUCCUAUUAAGUUAUGCCCAGCAGUGCACCCAGCUCCAGACUUGGUGGAAUGGUUCUAUGCCAUGAUUGAUUUGCUGCAUGGUGAGCAUCUUGAGUUUUUCUUAUUGUCUCUUUGGGCUAUAUGGAAUGAAAGGAAUAACCUUGUAUGGAAAGGUGGAUGCUUCAUUCCAAUGAAUGUGGCCAAAUGGAUGUGUACGUACCUUGAUGAGUAUAAGAAGCUCCAUGCACGUUGUGCUAAGAAGAACAGAAGGCAUGUUACCAAAUGGCAGUGUCCACCAAGUGGACGACUUAAAGUGAACAUUGAUGGAAGCUUUAGAGCUGGAAAUGGCUAUGGUGGUAUAGGAGUUAUUGUCCGGGAUGAACAUGGAGAUUGCGUAGCUACGUUGGCUAGACCUCUCCCUUAUGUACAGUCUGCAUUGCAUGCUGAGGUGGAGUCACUCCGCGCCGGCUUACUGGUAGCUAUACAUCAAGGUUGGGAUGAGAUUGAGGUAGAGUCAGAUUGUGCUAUGCUUGUAAAUGCCCUUGAUGGGGAGGAGGAGGACUUGUCAGAGAUAGGCCGGAUUGUAGAGGAUUGUAAAAGAUAUGCUAGUUCUUUUAAGUCCUUUCAAUUUCGGCAUGUCUUUCGUGAAGCAAAUGGGGUGGCCAAUAGGUUAGCACACAUUGCUAGUUGGAAUAGUAUUGAUGAAUUUUGGGUAGAAGAGACGCUUGUUAUUAUUCGGGACGUUCUCUAUGAGGAUAUGUGUAAUGGUUCUAGGGGUUCAGGCAAUAUGUCCCCCCCAUUGUACUCUUUCCCUAUUAAUAAUAUGAACGAGGCACCUAGCUAG